UCGAGGGCAGCCAUACUCAUCCUCAAGCAGCCACUCAGCAUCGCCGUCGUCGUCAUCGUCGUCGUCGUCGAGGUGGUGGCCAUCAUCAUCAUCAGCAUCAAGACUACAUCUCUUAUUCAUCCUCACCCUCGCCCAUCCACUCCUAGCUCGCCAUGGACCACGACGGCUUUGGUGACGCAAGUGGCAGCGCCUUUUCUCCCGCUCGCAACCUUGCCGGUCCUUCGCGGAAUCGCUCGCUAAGAGGUAGCGACCGCAAGCCAUACGCAAGACCUGGACAGAAUGGAAGCGCAACUCCCCUGGCCUCAUCGCCUCUGGUCAGAAGAAGAGGCAGCGGACAGGAAGAAGAGGAGGAGGAGCGCCUCUCUCCACUAGUAGCCAAGACCACUCCUGCCUCUGCCGCCGCCGCUCCUCGAUCUGGCCUCUUCUCCACCCUGACCAAAGCCAUCACCAAACCCCUCUCGUGGCUCUCCACGUCAGCUCAUCCAGCUGCGCAGUCCGAUCGCAGAUCCAUACUGCCUUCGUCUGCCUCGACGGGCUCUGUAGCAGACUUGGCCGAAAGACGCGCUGCUACGCGGUCAAGCAGGCUUCGAGGCAAGGAUUCGUAUCUGAGCAACAUGGAGACGGGCGACAUUGAGAGCCAUGCUACGACCUCGAAUCUGAACGCUGCACCGUCGAAUCGAUUGGACGGAUUUGGGCUGGGUGGAAUGUCCUCGUCCGCGUCAAUGAGCGCCAUAGCUCCCAGAAGUAGGACACGCCAUUUCGAUACCCGCGGCGAAAUGCUUCCGCCUUUAGCAACCUCUCCCCCUAGCAGUCGUCGCACAUUAACCAUUGCUCGCGCUGCCAACAGCAGAGGCACAGAUACUGAUUUCGGCCCUGCAUCGGGGAGCCCCUCGUCACCGAGCUUCUCAUCAGCAAGCGCUGCAAUUCGAGCUCAUGGCCGGCAAGGAUCCUUGCAGCCCUCUUCGUCACUGCAUCGUCUUGCUACCUACCAAUCAACGCCAGCUGUGCGACGUGGAGGUUCAAUAGCGCCCAGCGAGUCUUCCAGCAUGAGGAACGGCGAAGUGGGAAUAGGUCUGAAUACCAAGAGUCCAGCUUAUGCCUAUGGCUUUGGCUCGGAGCGGAGACUUGGAGGACUCACGAGCGAGGCACUGGCAAAUAGGGCAACAGUUGGACCAGCCAGCGGUCUCACCCCGUCUUCGUCCCUCUCACAUCUGCCUUCACGCAGUCCUUUUGCGACAAGAGCUACGCCUGAGACAGCGCUUAAGCGGUCAGGUAGCGUAGCUGGAGGCUCACUAGCGGGAAUGUACGCUCAGUCUGAGUUGGGAGCAGGCGGUGAUACUGCUAGCUCUUCAAGGCUCUUCGGACCUGCCACUCCUUCACGCCUCGGAAGGAGUGCACUAGGAGGCGGCAGCAGGGCAAUGUCCCCCGCCCUGUCCCGGUCUGGGUCGGCGCUAGGACUCUCCUCUCGCACUCUGCCCUGGAGCUCGCUCAAUCUUGCUCCUCCUCGCGGCAAACCUUCCGAUGGCGAGGAGAUGAUGAAGGAUCUGGCCAGUGCUCGCAAAUUCGGCACACCUACCGGCUCUGCAGCUCCCUCUGUCAUCGGCGGAAGGGACAGCCGAGCAAAUACACCUCUGAGUGCCCGAUUGGGCAAGAGGGACGCGUCGGAGGCUUUGGAUCUUGGAGGAGGCUUCGGAGCCUUGGAUUUACAGGAUAGGGGCAGCGAGAUGGGCUCAGUCACUGGCUCGGCAAGAAAGAAGCAGAUGGUCUGGGAUCCGGAGUUGGGCUUCAUCAGUAUGGACGACCUGAGAGCGAGAGAGCCUCCUACUGCUGUACCGCGCAACGAGGCUGAGAGGAUUCUGGGUGUGCUCGAGGGCAUGCGGACGCCACUGGGCGAUGCCAGGAAAGAAGGAGCACUUGGCGGCAGGACAAGGAGUGGUACAAGCACACCUUCGCGCCUGACGCAGAGCAUAUCUGUACCUUUGCCAAGUCCCUCAGCUGCACGAGCUGCUCAGAGUACACCUGACACCCGCAGGGGCACUCGCGCCUCAUCCAGACUCAAUCAGUCUACACCUGCACCGGGUGAAGACAGCAUGAGGGCGAAGCUGAAGAGGACUACUCGAGCUACUGGCACUCCUGCUACCACUCGCGGGUCAAGGCGCAGGGCCAAGUCCGAGCACGGCAGCGAAGACGAAGAAGACGCCCAAGAGGCGACUCGUGAAGAGGAGAUUGAUGAGCGCGAACCCAGUCCACCCCGUCGAGUGACAAGAGGCAUGGCUCGAGCGAAGAGGGAGGCCACAGUCACUCCUCCUCCGCCCACUCGGUCGUCGAAGGCAACAGGGAAGAAGACGCCAGUGAAGGCCACUCCUGCAAAGUCUCCUGGAAGGCGGUCGAAGAGGGGUAAAGCAAAGAGUCCCUCGCCCCAGCCCGCAGACGAGCACAUGGAAGAGGAGCAGGAAGAAGAGGCAGAAGAGGUGCAAGCUCAGAGCCAGCAGGCUACCGAACCGGCAGAUGCAGCCGAACCAUCAGAGCAGGCGCCAGCUCGGUCAAAGAGCAAGUUCCAGGUCCUCACCUCCGACGCAGCGUCGUCUUCGAAUCCUCGAGCUCGCUCCUCUCUACGCCAGGGGAUCGUCAAGACUUCUCGGACGCAUGGAAAGUCUGGCAAGAUCUCGGCGUGGGAUUCAGAUGACGAAGAGGGAGGAGAGGAUGGGAACGAAGAUGGUGAAAUGGCGGGUGUGGACAUUGGUGAGCUGAAGAAGAUUCAGUUGCCGAAGGACUUCUUCCCUUCUGGAUUCAAGUUCGGAGCUGCUGCGAGCAGUGCAAGUGGCGCUAGCAGCGUACCUGCCGCCUCACUGCCGAAAGCCGCCGAUAAGCCGGAGCAGCCUAUUCAGAGCACUGCAGGCUCUUCAAGCCAAUCGAAUGGAGACGCCCCUGGUGCAUCCCUCUUGGGCCGCUUGGGAGGCUUUGCAGGGCCUCCCGCCACUACGACACCGGCAAUGUCGCCACCCAGCAAGCCGUCAUCAGGCUUCAGCUUCCAACCUGCAGCCAAGCCUAGCAGCACCUCUGCCGCUCCAGCCUUCAGCUUUGCCCCACCCCCUCUGCCUGCCUCCCAGCCUUCUUCCGAGCGCACAAGCAAGCCAGCUCCCGCUUCUUCCGACUUCUUCGCUACUCCGCCAGCCCCUGCAGCGACUGCUGCUGAAGAGGUCGACGAGGCUCCGAAGAAGGGGCCCAUUCCCAACUUCUUCGGUUCGGCUAACAAGCCAGCUGAGAGCGGCUCACUGUCGGUCCCUUCCGCCAGUGAGACAAGGACGUCGCCUGCGCCAUUCAGCUUCGGACCACCUGCUACUCAGACUGCAGAGAAGAGUGCUUCGCCCUCUCCUUCGCCUGCCCCGACUUUUUCUUUUGGCAAGUCUGCCGGAGCGAGCAAGCCCGCGCCCUCUGCUUCUGGGGCCACCACACCUUCGGGCGGUUUCAGCUUUGGCCCUUCGGCUGCUAGCACUCCUGCGCAAGCUCCGAGUGAAGCCCCGAAGAAGAGUGUCCCGAACUUCUUUGGCGCAGCUGCGGACAAGGCCCCCGAGAGUACAACAGCAGCUGCACCUGCUUCUUCCGCUUCAAAUCCAUUUGGCAAUUUGGGAGGCGCCGACAAGUCUGCAAGUGCUGCGCCAUUUGGGGGAUUUGGAGCUCCUAAGACGGACAGCAAGGAGGACAGCGCUCCCAAGGCAGCUGGCAGUGGGUUGAGCUUUGGCGCUCCCGCAAGUUCGAGCAGCAGGACUACAGCAGCAGCACCUAGCCCAUUCGGUAGCUUCACAGGCUUUGGGGCUGCGCCCGCCACUACCUCUUCGUCUGCUGGAGCUACCAGCGGCGAGAAGCAGAAGCGCGGAGCUGACGAUGAUCAACAGUCAGGAGGAGAGCCCGCAAGCAAGAAGAGUGCGGGCUUCAGCUUUGGUAACCCUUCUGCCAACGCUGCUACGAAUGGAGCUGGUUCGGGCUUCAGCUUUGGGGCGCCUUCAUCUUCGGUUCCGUCAGAAAGCAACAAGUCUGUCUCUCCUGCUCCCUUCUCCUUUGGAGCUGCUCCUACAGCCAGCGACGCCAAUAAAGCUGCUCAGCCGUCCAACAACUCGUCCACAGGUGGCGGCUUUACCUUUGGUUCUGCUGCGAACUCUUCAGCUGGCGGUAGCGUUCCUGCUAGCCCCGCUCCGACUACGACUGGCUUCAGCUUUGGACAGACCAGUGGAGGCACCAGCGGUGCGACUGCAUCUGCCGGAGCUCCUUCUGGUGGUUUCAGCUUCAAGCCCGCCACUACGAGUGGUUCCACCAACACUCCCUCCACGGGAGGCUUCUCGUUUGGCAAGCCAGCCUCCUCGACCACUGACACGGGUACAUCGAAGCCCUUCACCUUUGGUGCACCAGCUACGCCCGCUCAGCCCGCCUCGAAUGGUGGGGCCGCGGCUGGCAACGACAUGAUGGACGAUACCUCGCCUUCGCAGAACUUCACGUCGUCCACACAGACCAAUACUGGGGGUUUCGGCGGUGGUGGAUUUGGAGGUGGCUCCAAGCCAGCAAGUGGCGCAAGCUCUACAGGAGGCUUCAGCUUUGGUUCACCUGCGCCAGCUCCUGCUUCUGCUCAGGGUACAACGUCGGGCUUCAGCUUCGGUGCUAGUAAACCAUCCAACGUGCCGUCGUUCUCUUUUGGUGCACCCAGCAACUCAUCGUCCACACCCGCCUUCGGGAGCGGACCCUCGACACCCACCGCCACGCCCGGAGGAUUCAAUUUCGGUACACCAUCGAGUGCCGCGCCCGCCUCGCCAGCACCGAGCAACGCUACUGCUGCCGGCGGCGGAGGCAUCAACUUCAACUUUGCCUCCAGCAACCAGCCCGCUUCGUCCACCAACGGUGCGGGUGCCACGGGCGGUAGCACUCCGUUUAUGUUUGGCGGAGCAUCAGCUGGUCAGCCCAAUGGUGUCCAGUCCAACGGUGCAGCAGCGGGCGGAGGUGGGAUGUUCCAAUUUGGCUCUACAGCACCACCUACUCCCUCUGCCGCUAACACUGGCGGUUCCGCCCCCUUCCAGUUCGGGGCCGGUGGUGGUGGUGCUCCAGCAGGGGGUGCAAGCUUGCCUGGCUCGCCCGCUCCACAGGGCCAGCCAGUACUGUUCAAUAUCGGUGCAGGAGGAGGAGCACCUCCGCUUGGUGGAGCUGGUGGAGCGCCCGGUGGGAGACAGCUAAAGGGUCUGCCCAGGUCUAGGAGGAGAUGAGCGGGCGAUUGCUGGAAGCUCAGUUGCGCAUCUCGAGUCGUUCGUCUUUCGUCACCUUGUUCUAUUGCAAUGCACCACCUCGUAACAAUUCCUUUGCAUUCGCU